AUGACGGGCAAUGAUCCAACAUUUCGAAAUUACGCACCUGCAGCCGCAGCCAAAUAUGCUGCUCUUCGUCCAGGAUACUCUGAAAAGGUGAUCAACACCGUGAUCGAGGUGCAUGAAUGCACCGGAGGCCAAAUGGAUCUGCUCCUCGAUGUCGGAUGUGGUCCAGGAACUGCCACCCGCUCUUUGGCUCCCCUUUUCCAGCACGCUUUUGGGUCCGAUCCAGGAGAGAGCAUGAUUGAGACAGCCCAGGAAACUGCGCCUCUGACUGCAAGCGGCGAGAGAACGAAAUUUAUUGUCUGCGCAGCGGAAGACCUUACCUCGAUUUCGGAGAUUCGACCAGGCACAGUCGACUUGAUCAGUGCUGGAACGGCCGCUCAUUGGUUCAACCUCCCUGAAUUCUAUACAUCUGCUGCAAAGAUGCUGAGACCAGGUGGCACUAUAGCUUUGUGGUGUACUGGGUCCUUGUAUUGCGAUCCUUACUCAACUCCCAACGCGGGGAAAGUCCAACAAGUCUUCGCCGAUGUUCAUCGAGAAAUCCUUGGAGCGUACGAGCUACCUCAAAAUAAACUCUAUCGGGAACUUUAUCAAGACCUGGAAUUACCUUGGACCAUCAAAGAUUCGGAUCCUAGCAUCCAGGCGGCUAUGGCGGCAUUUGACCAGUCCAAGUUCAAACGGGUAGAGUUCAACAAGAAUGGUCAACUUGAGCCAGGUCAGAAAUAUGUUCAAAGUAUGACUAGCUCGCUCAAAAUGUUGCAACAUGGGCUAGGCACCACGAGUGGGGUCAACAGAUGGCGCGAAGCUCAUAAAGAGCAAUUGGAAAGGGGAGAAGUUGAAGACUGCGCGGUAUAUAUGAUCAGAAGGGUGAAAGAAGCUAUG